CGACCUUCCUUUCAUUCCGGUAAUCCGUCUGCGUAGGGUGUGCUCCGGAGCUAGUCUCGGCACACAUUUUAUUAUUAUGAAACAAACCAAAAGCUAGAGACUACACGCAGACAUAUUUUUAUAAGAAAAAUAAAAAUCGGUGAAGCAGGAUUUGAUUUGCCAACUCAAGCAACGCGAAGAAGACGCUGCCUUCGACAAAGAACGAAAGACGGAACGAGAAGAUCGUUAGCAAGCGAAAUUGGUAGUGUCAUUGUUUAAAGCGUGGGUGAUUAACGUUAGCCAGUUAUAUUGUUAACCACUUAUUUAUCCCAUUUAAGGGCUUUGUCAUUCCAGUUAUUAUUGUAAAUGAGAACAUUUGCUUCGUAUACUACCGGCAAUUUAGCUUACUAACUGAUUGUGAAUGAGUACAGAUUCAAAAUUGUGAAGUCUGCGAGCCACAUCGGUUAGGCCACGCUCCGACAUUUUGCUAAUCAAGCUAACUAGUCCACGUUGCUAACUGUUAAGAUAGCUAGUAACUAUAUGUGUCUGCGCUCUUAAUUUUCGUGAAGCUAUCGAAGAAAACAAGAAAAAUACCAAUUUCAUAUAAGAGGCUAAUAUUAGCUGACAGUUGUCAACAAAAUAUCGAGCUAAUAUAACCUUACAGUUGUAUUGCCUGAGAACGCGCGUCGUCUGACAUGAAUCCCAGCGCGCCUAGCUACCCAAUGGCUUCCCUCUAUGUGGGAGACCUGCAUCCAGACGUUACCGAGGCCAUGCUCUACGAGAAAUUCAGCCCGGCUGGGCCCAUCCUGUCCAUCAGAGUAUGCAGAGACAUGAUCACCCGUCGAUCCCUCGGCUAUGCCUAUGUCAACUUCCAGCAACCUGCUGAUGCUGAGCGAGCCCUGGACACCAUGAACUUUGAUGUGAUCAAAGGUAGGCCUCUCCGCAUCAUGUGGUCUCAGCGUGACCCUUCACUCAGGAAGAGUGGAGUGGGCAACAUCUUCAUCAAGAACCUGGACAAGUCCAUAGAUAACAAGGCCCUCUAUGACACCUUCUCUGCUUUUGGAAACAUCCUUUCUUGCAAGGUGGUUUGUGAUGAAAAUGGCUCAAAGGGUUACGGCUUUGUGCACUUUGAGACCCACGAGGCUGCUGAGCGGGCCAUUGAGAAAAUGAAUGGCAUGUUGCUCAAUGACAGAAAAGUAUUUGUUGGACGCUUCAAAUCGCGUAAAGAGAGGGAGGCUGAGCUUGGGGCACGUGCCAGAGAGUUUACCAAUGUUUACAUCAAGAACUUUGGUGAGGACAUGGAUGACGAGAAGCUGAAGGAGUUGUUUGGCAAAUAUGGGCCUGCACUCAGUAUCCGGGUUAUGACUGAUGAGAGUGGCAAAUCCAAAGGAUUUGGCUUUGUCAGCUUCGAAAGACACGAAGAUGCACAGAAGGCUGUGGACGACAUGAAUGGUAAAGAAAUGAAUGGCAGGCAGGUGUAUGUGGGCCGUGCACAGAAGAAAGGGGAGCGCCAGAAUGAGCUCAAGCGCAAAUUUGAGCAGAUGAAGCAGGAUCGCAUGACCAGAUACCAGGGUGUCAAUCUGUAUGUGAAAAAUCUGGAUGAUGGCCUAGAUGAUGAGCGUCUGCGUAAAGAAUUCUCUCCAUUUGGAACCAUAACAAGUGCUAAGGUGAUGAUGGAGGGUGGCCGCAGCAAAGGCUUUGGCUUUGUGUGCUUCUCUUCCCCAGAGGAGGCCACUAAAGCUGUUACAGAGAUGAAUGGGCGUAUUGUUGCUACAAAGCCGCUGUAUGUGGCCCUGGCCCAGCGCAAGGAGGAGCGUCAGGCCCAUCUAACCAACCAGUACAUGCAGAGGAUGGCCACUGUCCGUGCUGUGCCCAACCCUGUCCUCAACCCAUAUCAGCCUGCCCCACCCUCAGGCUAUUUCAUGGCGGCUAUACCUCAGGCCCAAAACCGUGCUGCAUACUACUCCGCCAACCAGCUGGCCCAGCUCCGCCCCAGCCCCCGUUGGGCCACUCAAGGAGUGCGCCCUCAGCACUUCCAAAACAUGCCCAAUGCCAUGCGCCCAUCAGCUCCCAGGCCCCAGGCUUUCAACACCAUUCGUCCGACUGCCGCCGCCAACACGCAGGUCCCACGCAUGAUGGCUUCCCAGCGUAUGCCCACCCAGGCCCUCGGCCAGCGCCCUGCCGGUGCUUCAGCCACUGCCGCCCCAGUGCGCGCCAUGCCCCAGUACAAAUAUGCUGCUGGUGUGCGCAACCCCCAGCAGCACAUCGCCUCCCAGCCACAGGUCACCAUGCAGCAGCCUGCUGUCCAUGUCCAAGGACAGGAGCCCCUGACUGCCUCCAUGCUGGCUGCUGCCCCUCCUCAGGAACAGAAGCAGAUGCUGGGUGAGCGUCUCUUCCCCCUGAUCCAGAACAUGCACCCCAGCCUGGCAGGCAAGAUCACCGGUAUGCUGUUGGAGAUCGACAACUCGGAGCUCCUCCACAUGCUCGAGUCACCUGAGUCGCUGCGCUCAAAGGUGGAUGAGGCUGUUGCUGUGCUUCAGGCCCACCAGGCUAAGGAGGCUGCUCAGAAGUCAACCACCCCUGCUGGUGUUCCCAGCGUCUAAGGUGUGUGUGUGUGCGCACGCAGAUUGAGCAUUUUGAAACCUGCUUCACCGAUGGGGAAAAAGAGAAAAAAAAAUUAAACAUUGAAAAACCUAAAACUCUGAAAACAUCGCAAAACGAUAAAUCAUUUCUUAAAAAAAGAAGAAAACAGUUGACUCUGCCGGGUCUAGGGAUGGUUUGACUAGACCUUGAUCAUAAACAAAAAUUUGUUGAAAAAAAAAAAGCAAAAUAGAGAAAAUUGAGAUUAUAAAUUUGAAUGCAUUCCUCUGUUUUAUGUCAUUUUACUGUGUCAGUGCUCAGAAUAUCAGCCGUGUUCAGGAAGGUGGUAGCUGAGCAUUUUGAAAGGUGAUUUGUAUUGUAAACUACUGGCUGUAAUAAAUUCUCAUUCAAAAUGUA